GCCUCGCGGGCGCGCGCCGGCGGCCACGUCGGGGCGGGGCGGGGUGGGCGGCGGCAGCGGCCAGCACGCUGCAUGGCGCGGAGGCGCCAUUGCCGCCCACUGGGCGCUCGGUGACGUCGUCGCGGGGCACUUCAGCUCCUUCGUCGACGUCGCGAUCGCAGCGGAGCUGGUCGGCUUGGUGUAGGAGGUUCCUGUGGUGUGCGAGGUGGGCUCCCGUGCACACAGGGCUCGCCACUCGCCCCAAGCCGCGCCCCCGACGCUGCCCAGGAGGGUGGCUGCAGCGGAGGUGAAAGCCUUUCACUCUGCGUUGCAGGCUUUGCCGGGGUACGUGGAGGCGUCUGGGCUGCUGUCGCACUCGAGGUGGUUGACAGGGAGAGAAGUAGAAGAGGAAGGAGGACAUGUUCGUGCAGGAGGCUCAGGAGGCCGAGACGGACACCGGAAAGGAGCAGGAGCAGCGCAUCGACAUGCAGUACGAGCAGGUGCAGGAGCAGGAGCGUGCGAAUGCGGAGGAUCCCGUCGGCACGGAAUCCAAGGUGAAACGAGGACCAGAGCAAGCCCAGCACAAAUUGUUGGUGUUGCGAUGCGCCGUCCCCGUCUCAGACCUCCAUCCCACAGGUAUGACAUUGGGGAAGACUCGAAUCAUCAGAACUCGAUGGUCGUGCCACAGGAAGAGCGAAUUGGAGUUGCGAAAAUUGAAUACCGAUUCCGAUGCGCAUCUGUUGUCACCAACGUGCCGGGCCUCAUGACGUGCUCGCAUUGUGUUUUCGACAUGAUGUCGCCUUCCACAGUCGGCGGAUACUUACGAGCGUGUGCGAUACGGGUGCUAUCAUGCGACGUUUGAGAACACGUUGCCGUGCAUGCGCGCAGGCGUCGGGACCUUUUCGCUCAAUCAUGACGCCAAGCCGCGAAUACCUCUCACGUGAGCGGUGUCCAUAUUGAGUGCCAGCGCGCUUUCGGGCACCGCGCUCUCGUUUGAGCAGCCAGUCACCGAAUGCGAGGGACAACGGCAACGACGGAGAUGCAGCUCCCGCGGAACACGCCGCCGCGUCGACAUGUUGCCUCACUGGACGCCCUUCGGCGCUGCAUGCCGGGCUGCGCGAGGCGCAGCGCGGCGGGUGCGGACUCGAUGGCCAGCGAUGCCCGCGCUGAAGCGCUGCUGGCGCUCGCUGCUCGAAGCGGUCGGCUGGCACAAGAGAGGGACCGAUAGGGUGCGGAGGAGGGGCGUGGAUCGGGAAGUCGCAGCUUCUGCGGUUGGAUUUUUUUUUCUGACGCCCUGCAGUUGCGUGGAGGAGGGUUGGGGGGGGACGCGUAAAAAUCAAUCCUCGAGGGACCCCCCCCCCAGAGGGGCCGCGCCCGGCGCAGAGCAUGGCAUUUGCAGCCCGCAGUAGUGAUGAGCCGUUGCGUUCCAAUCGUCGACAGAAGGGUCAAUCGGCUCUGAACGACAGCAAGGAGUUUGCAUGAACCGACGUACAAAACAAUUCGAACAUAAUUGCGCCCACUUCUCGUCGAG